AUGGGGAAUUUUCCGAAACUUCCCGAAGGAACGCAGCUUCCGGUGGGAGGCCAUCAAGUAACAAUUCUUAAGUAUCUUUCAGAGGGAGGAUUUGCACAUAUCUACAAAGUAAAAAUUGAUCCUGAGGAAGAUGAUACAGAUAUUGCUUGCUUGAAGAGAGUUAUAGUACCAGAUAAGAAUGGAUUGAAUCAAUUAAGAAAAGAAGUUGAUGUUAUGAAAAACUUACGUUAUGGCAGAAAUAUAGUGAAAUACUACGAUUCGCAUGCAGAAAGAUUGGAAAAUGGAACUUACCAAGUAUUGGUACUUAUGGAACUUUGUCCUAAUAAGUCAUUAUUGGACUAUAUGAAUGCUAAAAUCAAGACCAAACUUACUGAACCAGAAAUCUUGAAAAUUAUGCUGGAUAUAUCAAUUGGUAUAUACGAAAUGCAUAAGAUGAAAUUGGUUCAUAGGGAUAUUAAGAUUGAAAAUGUUCUUAUUGAUGCCAAACACGAUUUUAAGUUGUGUGAUUUUGGAUCUACAUCGUCUCCAAUAAUGCCACCAAAAGAUCAACAACAAUUCCAAUUAUUAAGCCACGAUAUAAUGUAUCAGACUACGCCGCAAUAUAGAGCCCCAGAGAUGAUAGAUUUGUAUAGAGGGUUUCCAAUUGACGAAAAAGCAGAUAUUUGGGCCUUGGGAUGCUUUUUAUAUAAGUUAUGUUAUUAUACAACACCUUUUGAGGCAAAUGGGGAUAUUGCUAUCCUCCAUGCAACUUUCCAGUUUUUGCCAGCUCCAGUCUUCUCUGGUGAUUUGAAGAAUUUGAUUAUCAUCAUGCUUCAGGAAAAUCCUCUCUUUAGGCCUAAUAUUGUUCAAGUCUUGAUGUUAUUAUCCAAAAUGAUGAAGAUAGAAUUUAAGAGUCUCAAGCUUGAAGACAUAUAUAAUACCGGACCAUACAACUUUCAUGCUUUGCACGAAUAUCAACGCCACAAGCAAAAUGAACUUCUCAAACAACAGCAAUUAUAUUACCAACAGAAUGCAUACUCGAGUGGUGGUAAGGCGACGUCAGAGGUUAAUUUAGCUAAGCAAUAUGAUAACCAAAUAAGACUGCAAACUCAAUCUCCGUUUGUUCGUUCUCAAGGAGGAACUCCAUCACAAGUCUAUGGCCAAUUGAAUAUAAAUUCAGCUGAUUUGCAACAUCAAACACAGGUUGAAAUACCACCAGCAUUAUCUCAUGAUUUGGAGCCUCAGAAAAACAAGCAGGAAGCCGGCGUGACUCUGCCUAAUAACGAGGCUAAUAUUGAAACCGAUGAUGAUAAUACGAGUGAAUUAGAACUAGCAAAUUUGGAUAAUGUCGAAGAGAGAUAUCCUUCCCUUGAUGACCUUUUGGAAGACUCAACUAAGAGAAGUAAGUCGAUGGAUUCAGACCAUGCUAGCCAAAGGGAGAGUACUUCCCCAAAUCCACCUAAUGAAAGUUCUAGGCAACAGAUUACUCAGAACUAUGUUCCCCAGGUUCCUACACAGCCAGUUAUAUUAAGUAAUGCAGACCUUAAAAAAUUGACCUCAGAUCAGUUUCAACAAUAUCAUUAUCAGCAUCAAGCUUAUCAAUAUCAGCUUGAUCAAUACCAAAAGCAAUUAUAUCAACAAACCGAGCAACAUAAGUCUCAGAGUAACAGUUUAAACCCGAAUGAUAUUGAGCACAACAUAACAACAGGAAAGACAAAGGAACCAUCCGAGUUUGAGAAAAAGGAAGCAUGGGAGAGACAUCAUUCGAAGAUUGAAAAAGAUGCAGAGCUAUUAGUUGACGAUAUAUUUGCAACCAAUUCCAAAUCUCCCGCUUUGGUACCUGUGAAAUCUCAGAAAACAAACCAAAGUGCAAAGGGUGAUAUCGAGUCUUUGUCCAACUUGAAUAAAAGCAUAUCAUCUGAAUAUCCUUCAACUGGCUCAGACAGAUACUUGAACCAAAUCCCUGAUGCUCAUGCACAGAAUAACUUGGAAUUAGCCGUGGACGAAGAAAAUGUUGCGAAGACCAAUGAUGAAGCAAAUGGAAUUCAAAGUAAAAGUAGAAAUUCCUUGGACGGCCCUAAUAUAAGAUCUGAAACAGAGAAAAACCAGCGUGAUGCGUUUAUUAACGACGCAGCUAAAAAAAGUAAUAACGUUGACACAUUUGAAAGUUUUUCUGGAAAAUACCCAGAUAUUAGUAACAGACACUCGGAGAUCCAGUUUAGUAGUAGCCCCCAAACGCAGGUAAGCAGUAAUUUAAAUAUGCCACCAACGAGUACAAACUAUACAUUUGCAUAUCAGCAACCUUCACAGCAACCUCCGCAGCAACCUCCACAGCAACCUCCACAGCAACCUCCACAGCAACAUGUCACAUAUACAAAUCAAAGAGCAGAUGUUAGCACUAAUCAAAAUGAUAUUAGAAAGAAUGCAAAUCCAUGGGGUGAUUAUACGAAGAACACGAACGCAAUACCAGUAAAGAGGGUAUCGUCUCAUUCGGGAAUAGCCAAUUCACACCCGGCGUCUAUUAAGAACGAGUCAUCUGUGUCUCCUGUUCACGAAAAGUUGAAUGCUUUGUCUUUAAAGGAAAGACCUAAAAGCAUGCAAAAAAGAGGUACUUUAAACGAUCAAUCUUCGGAAGCUAAUUUGAUCGAUUUAGAAGUUGGAUUAGGUUCAUCUAGUUCCUCCUCAAAUACACCUGUUCUUAAGCCUAAAACCAAGGAUUUAUAUAAAUUGAAGUCAGAGUCAUCUUUGUCAGGUUUCGAGCUUGAGGAUGAAAAGAGACAACCUGAAUCCAAGCAUCAGUUCAAGAAGAGACUAUCUUCUGCUCAGAAUCCUUCAAACUUCAACUUCCAAGAAGAAGUCAUUGAUUUUGCAUCAGAUGAUGAGAAUCCUGAGAAUAGUUCUGAAAUGAACAGGCUAUCGAUAAGAAAUUCAUUAUCAAGGAAGCCAAAGUCUAGAAAAUCCAGUGAACACAAACGAUCUGAUAGUGCCAACAGUGAAGGCAAAAAACGCUUGUCUUUAUUUGGUUCUUCCCAAAGUACCUAA